AUGUUUCUUUCACCUAACGACCUAAUGUAUGAUCAUAUUUUGGCACUUAUUCGUAUUGUUAGUUAUCGACCAUUUCAUCAAUGUAUCUCUGCGCAAUGGUACAAUGAUGAAACUCUUCUUAUUGACUCAAUUUUAGUCUUUCUAUUUGGCGCAUUGGAGAUACAAAAUAUGCGUUGUUUCAUAAGUUCACAAACAAAUUUAUUUGCUACACUAUUGGUCAUAGCACAAACCUCACCAUACGAUAGAAUAUGUAUUUGUGCCUAUGGAUUUCUAGCCGAAAUUCUUACUGAUGAACAAAUGAAAGAGCUUAAAAUUACUGAGAAUAUCAGCGGAUUUUUUUUUAAUAUUCUUGAACAAGCGUGGAAAGAUCCGACAAAAAGAUGUAAAACAAUUCCGAUUCCGCAUCUACUAAAAGGUUUCUUGAGUCUAUCGAAGAAUGAUACUAUUCAAUCGACAACAGCUAAUUCUAACAAAAUAUCACUACUAAUCGAGCUAUGUGAUGAAUAUCCAAUGACAUUCGAUAUUCUUUGGGCUCUUUCGUUCAAUUCAUCUAUUCAACAACAACUUCAAUCUAAUCAAUUAUUCAUGAUGAAAUUAGCUCAAAUCAAACACGGCUCUAACGAUGAAAGUAUGCGUAAGAUUGUGAAUGGCAUUCUUUGGAAUUUGAAUUCGAAUCGUGGAGAAGAUGCCGUGUUGAAAAAUCGUGAUGAUACAACAUUCGAUAUAAUGAUUAGUUAUUCACAUAAAGACAAACAAAUAUGUAAACAAUUAUAUGAUGAACUCGUUCGAGCUGGUUAUCGAGUAUGGAUCGAUUUCGAUCACAUGCAUGGCAAUAUUAUGGAUGCAAUGGCACAAGCCAUUGAACAAUCUCGAAUGAUUAUCAUAUGUAUGAGUGAACAUUAUCGUCGAAGUAAUUAUUGUCGAGCCGAAGCACAAUAUGCAUUUCAAUGUCAAUUAAAAAUGGUGCCGGUCCUUUUGCAAAAAUACUAUAAGCCUGAUGGUUGGCUUUCAUUUCUCACUGCUCAAUUACUUUAUGUUGAUUUUACUAAGCAUGACUUUUCACGUGCAAUUGCCAUGUUAAUGAACGAGCUCACCACAGCACAUCUGUGCGAUAAUACUCCCACUGUGGUUAUUCAGUCGAAAAGAGAUAAUUUAGAGUCAUCCACUACUUUCUCGUUGCCGACUCAAUCACAGUUACAGGCAGUGAUAUUUCCUGAAAAGGUACGCGAUUGGACUAAGGCCCACGUACAUCAAUGGCUAUUAGAGAACAAUCUUUCAUGCAUGGCCAGUAUUAUGUCUGAUAUUGACGGUCUGAGUUUAAUUUAUCUAAGUCAAUAUAUAAUCAGUAAUGAACCACAACAAAUUUUGUCAUUAUUUCAACAAGAUUCACUUCGACGUUUAAAUCAAAGUGUGUCACUACUCGAAUUGUCUCGUUUUCGUAGUUUAAUCGACAGAUAUGAUCUGGCAUCGUUGGCAUCUAUCAAACCAUCAAUAAAUGUAAAUCAUAAUAAGACGGCCGAUGAUCAUGCACGAUUAUGUCGCUUAAUGUAG